AUGUUUCCCAGUUCUGGACGUGUUCAAACAGACACACCGGCUCAGAGCCCACCCCCGGUGAGGAAUGUCUUUGGUGGUCACCUUAAUAUUGCAUACAAUCAGCCAGCAGAAUCUGUCUUUGCGUCUGCCAAGGAGUAUGCUUCUGCACCGGCUUCUGCUCCUGGCUCGAACAACUUUCGGUUUCCAACUCAAGGUCCAGCCAAGAAACAGGGGAAUGAUUUGAAGGCAACACAGCAUGACUUGUUCAACAAAGAGAAGUACAGUGAUAUGACCAUCAAAUGCAAGACGCGCGAGUGGAAGUGCCAUCGAGCAAUCUUAUGUCCCAGAUGUCCGUUCUUUGAAGCAGCAUGUGGAGGCCAAUUUACGGAGGCGUCUACCCGCGAGAUCGACCUUUCGUGCGACGACGAAAACGCCCUAGGUAUCAUGCUCCAAUAUCUAUACACCUACGAGAUCUUGAACCAUGGCCUCACCACUGCAACAUCCUUCCAACUCUUCAUCCUGGGGGACAAGUACGAGCUCGAAGAGAUCCGCGACACGGGCAUGCAAAACCUCUCCAAAGAGAUCACUAAUCUGACCGCCGCCGACGGUCAGUGGGCAGCAGAAUGGUACCCGCAAAUCAGUCAGCUGCAGCAGCGCGGUGCGGAGAAGCUGAAGGGACAGCUGGCCAACGCAAUUGCCAAGCACGCAAGGGAGAUGAUCAAGCACGAAAACGUCAGGGAGCUGGUUGCGAGUGAUGGCGCAUUGGCUGUGCUGUUGGUGGAGAAGCUAGCCAAUCCGCCCUCUGCCAUGUUUGGGCUGUCGAACGAUGUGCCCGCUUUCUCGAAUUGGUUGGGCAAUCAGGGAGCGUCGCCGAGCGUCCCCGAGUCCCAGACCUUGAAUCUGGCAUAUUGCCACAUCACCAAUGAGUCAGGAUAUCUUGUGUGGCGAAUUGCUGGCAUCGAUCGGUAUGGAAACAUUGCUGGAACUGAAUUGAGCUGGCUAUCGGGAGGAAGCGGGACGCUCGCUCCAGCGACUGCAUAA